CAGGCCUCAGGUGCGUCACAAGGAUCUGGUACAAAAGACGUCAGUGUUUCUCGAAAGUCAGUACAAACUUGUUCACACUCAGGGAAAAUCCGUGCCGUUCACUUCUGACAUGUUUUCUCUGGUUAUUGGCGUCGUGUUAAUCGGAGUUGUGUACGCUACUUUAGUGAACACCUUGUUUAAGAAGUCAAAAUGUACAGGUGGGAGAGAGAUGAGUGGAAAAACAGUCCUCAUUACCGGUGGGAACACUGGGAUUGGCAAAGCCACAGCCAUGGACCUUGCAGGUCGAGGAGCGAGAGUGAUCCUGGCUUGCAGGAACAAACAGAAAGCCGAAGCCGCCAUCAACGAUAUUAAAAAGGUGACUGGGAGCAACGAUGUGGUGUACAUGCAGCUGGACCUGGGCAGCCUGAAAUCGGUGCGUUCCAUGGCUGAGACCUUCCUGAAGACAGAACCCAAGCUGGAUGUACUUGUUAAUAAUGCAGGUCUUGUCGCAGAUGGUCGAACUGAAGAUGGUUUUGGUAUCGAGUUUGGCGUCAAUCAUCUUGGCCACUUCCUGCUGACGUGCCUCUUGCUGGACCGGCUUAAGGAGAGCCCGGGAGCCCGUGUGAUCACCUUGUCCUCGAUGGCUCAUCAAUGGGGCAAGAUCAACUUUGAUGCACUGGUCACCAGCAAAGACCUGGGUAGUGGGAGAUACAGCUGGCAGUUCUUUCAGGCCUACUGCAACAGCAAGCUUUGUAACGUUCUCUUCACGCACGAGCUGGCGAAGAGGCUGAAGGGCACUAAUGUCACCUGCUACAGUGUUCAUCCUGGUAUUGUGAAAACCGAGCUCUCCCGUCACGUCAGUCUCUGGCAGAAGGUGUUCAUUGAACCAGUAUCCUGGCUGCUGUUCCUGGAUCCAAUGACCGGCGCCCAAACAACCCUUCACUGCGUCCUACAGGAAGGCAUCGAGCUGCUCAGCGGCCGCUACUUUUCUUGCUGCGCUGUGCAGGAAGUGAGUGCCAAAGCCAAAGACAAUAACGUAGCCAAGAAGUUGUGGGAUGUGAGUGAGAAAUUAUGCGGGCUCUCCUAAAUCUGACAGAAGUGUCAAACUUGCAGCUUGUGAGACUUGAACCAAUUUCCAGUCAUUUAGCCGUUCAUGUUCUGUAAAUAUGAAAAUAAGUUCUAAGACUGUCAUUGAUGGUUGCAUUAAGUAUGUACUAGAGGAUGUUAGAAUGGACAGUUCUUUUCAUUUUAGACUUUUUUUUUUGCUAUUUCAAAUCUGAUACACAAGGGUACUGUGUAAUUUUUGUACAUUGUGCAUUUUAUAAAUUGUUGCUGUUUUAAUUAUUGUUGUAAAAUCUGCAGUGGUUAAAAUUACUUGGUGUUUCUGUAAGAACCAAAGUCAAAUUAUCAAUAUUUUGUAAUGUUAAUGUUAUGUCUGAUAAAUGCACGUCGCAAAUGCGAAUAUCCAUGUCUAGUUAGUGUCCAUGCGAAUACAUCAGCUAUUUUAUUCCGGUUUGCGUGACUGAUGCCAUUGCCUCUAAGCUAUGUUCUGUAUGUGCGUCUGUGACGAGACAAAACCGCACGUCGUUGUGUCAGAGUUUACAAGUCUCUAAAUUUUACAGGUCUCUUUCUGGAAGCUAGAGCUCCAGGCAUUGUAGCUGUCUAAAGGCUUUCUAACUGAGGCGUGUGUGUGUGUGUGUAUGACUAGUACAAAUAAUUGGUGACUUUGCAACAUCUAAAUUUACUUUACCAGCACAUUUCUCCUUGACCUAAAAGUUGGGUGGUCCCAUUCUGGGAAAAAUCUUUGACUUCAACCAAUCACAAGGCUAAUGCUAGUGGUCCCACCCACUUAACUUUUAUGGUAGUAAACUAGCAAGCUAAUGUUGACCUGGUGAAAUGUGAUCAUUCUGAAAUAAUUAAUUGCAGCCAAUCGUAAUCACUUUAUCUUACUCAAGGUGGUAGCGGAUCAGGAGCCUAUCCUGGAAAAAGUGGGAAUACACACCUCGCAGGGCUCCGCUCACACUAUAUCUGCUAAACAUUAAAGAACCACAUAUGUGUCUUUUA